CAGCUCCACCUUCACAUGCGCACUUCACCACAACCACCAUCCUCGCCAAAGUUACCGUGCAACAAACGACCACGAUGUCGGACAUGACUCCAGACCUGCCGCCGCACUUACUGGCCAAGAGAAAAAGACAGCAGGAGGAGGAAGCGGGAGAACAAGCUGCCACGACCUCCGGCGCAAAACGGGCUGCAAGUCCAGAAGAGCCAGAAAAGCGAAGAAAGAUUGGACCUGCACUGCCUGCAGCACAAGAAGAGCCGGAGUCACAGGGCUCGACUCCUCGAAGAGUAGCUGGUCCAGCUCCCCCUCCAGCACCUCUCGACGAGCGACCUCCCGGGCCACCACCAAACCAACAAGCAGACGACAGCAGCGAUGACAGCGACGACGGAUAUGGCCCAGCCCUACCCAGCGCGGCCGACCCAACACCAAGCACAGCACUCUCACAAGGUUCUUACCAUGGAGACCACAACGACGAGCUCACCUCUAGCAAACCCAAACGCGACGACUGGAUGAUGAUGCCCCCCAAACAAGACGACCUCGCCGCACGUCUCGACCCUCUCAAAGCCCGCCCAACCAAAUUCGCCGGCAAAGGAGCCCACAAGGGCGAAACAGACAAUUCCACAUGGCACGAAACACCCGAACAAAAACAAAAGCGAUUGCAAGACGAAAUGAUGGGCAUAAGCAGUAGUAGCAAUACCAACAAGACCACCAGCGCUGCCACGAACAAAACUUCCGCAGCACAAAGUGCCAAAGCACGGAAAGAUGAAGAAGCGCACAGAAUCGUGAAUGAAAAAUGCGGCCCCUCACUAUUAGAACAACAUUCUCAGAAAUCCAAAGCAAAUGGCUCUACAGAGAAAUUAGAAGACGACCCAAGCAAACGCGCCUUUGACCGAGAAAAAGAUAUAGGCGGAGGCGUGAUCUCGGCAACACAGCGCAGAGAAAUGUUGAAUAAAGCUCAAGGCUUCGCUGGGAAGUUUUCUGGAGGGUCGUAUUUGUGAUCUCGUGACUAUAUCAGGAAAUGGGUCUGCAGGUAGGUCGAGAUAUGUAGCAGGCACGAAGAUAUUCGUUCUUCUGCAAUGAGAAUUUGUGCCUGUGAAGUUUAAUCACUUUUCAGCUGCUUGAUUAAAUGCACGGGAAAAAUCGUCAUC